AUGUCGUCUUUUGUCCUGACAAACUUGGUUGUCACGGCUGGCAUGCUUACACCGGGUCUUGGGACAGCGGGCACACUAGGAUGGCAAGUCACAAACCAGUCGGUCAACGUCGGAAUCAACUUCUCCAACGCGAACAAAUCGAUCCCGCUCUCCACCUCGACAAUCGUCCAAUCCUACCUCCUCGCCGUCAGCGCAUCAUGCGGUGUUGCACUCGGUCUCAACGCGCUGGUACCCCGCCUUAAGAGCCUGUCGCCCAACGCAAAAGUCAUCGCUGGGCGAUUGGUGCCCUUUGCGGCUGUUGCGACAGCUGGUGCGCUCAACGUGUUCCUCAUGCGCGGUGAGGAGAUCAGACAGGGCAUCGACGUGUACCCCGCGCUGUCAGAAGCCGAGCGACGCAGAGUAGACACAGGAGAUAUGGAGGUCAAGCCGCUGGGCAAGAGCAAGAAGGCAGCUACACUCGCUGUAGGAGAGACGGCGCUGAGUCGCGUGCUCAAUGCGACGCCUAUUAUGGUGCUGCCGCCUCUCCUGCUCGUGAAGCUGCAGAAGACAGAGUGGCUUAAGCAGAGGCCUAGGAUGGUGACGCCGGUGAACUUGGGACUCAUUUUCACGACAUCCAUCUUCGCGCUGCCACUUGCGCUCGCUGCGUUCCCGCAACGCCAGGCUGUCAGUGCGCAGUCGCUCGAACCCGAGUUUCAUCAGCGCGGUGGCAAGGAUGGCAUGGUGGAGUUUAACCGUGGGAUAUGA